AUGUCAGAACCGAAGCGGUCGAACAAAUCAGGCUUUCAACGGGGAUUCUUACUGCGAAAGAGCUCCUCCGUGAAUGGUCGUCGAACUCGAUCGGCGGGACGGCACCAGUCCGCGCCAGUCCGUUACAGUACUCCUGUACCUGCUGUACCGAUUAAAUCGUCAACUCUGAUUGAAUGGGAAAAGGAGGAAACGCCCCGGGAUACCUCUCUACUUUUUGUGAGCGAGCAGAACCAAAUUGCGGAAGGUCCGUCGAGUGUAUCACCAUCGACUGCGAUCGGCGAAACGGCUAUCACUUCCUUGUCCCUCGCUGGUUUGGGAGAAAGUGAGUUAACGAACGACAGAAAUACCUUGGGGCUUGUGGAGACGUCUUCAAGGCGACGCGUUGAGAUCCUGGAGGAAGAAUCAAAUUUGGACGGUCCCAUUCCCAGACUGUCAGCCUCUCCUUGGCGCGGCAUGACUGAAGUUGAACGAGACGUGGAAGGCGCGGAGGCGCCGAUAUCGGGAACUUUAUCCUUGAUGAGCCCAAAGGUAUUAUCGAAUAAGAAAGCCUCGAGACCCUUGAUUCAGAUUAUAGAAAAUGAUGUGAAAAUGGACGCUGUGGCCACGGAGGCCGCCCGGAACGACAUCCAGUCAUUGCGGCGCCCAGAAUCUCACACGGCGUCGUUUUCUGCCGAGAGUCCGACCGCGGAUACAGUCGCUACGAACAAGAUCACCAUGGAUCAGGUUCUACAAUCGGGCCCGGCCUUCGGCACUCUGAAUCGGGAACUCGCAGUAACACUGCUCCGUUUGCGUAGCAAGCGUUCCACCACGUGGGGACGUGAUGCGCUACUCUUGGUCGCCAAUGAGACCUUGAUGCGACCAUCCGAACAUCAGACUUUUAUCUGGUCCACAAUCCUGGAUCAGCUGCUGCUGCAGCGAUCGAGAUUGGCCGAGCUUCGCUUGGGGGUCGUCCUAUGGGAAUACCUCCCGGAGUCAAUACUGCUUGUGCUAGAAACACCUGACCACAGAGUAGCACGCCAGCGGGCUUUGGCGUUCAUUGCAAUUUUGAAAUACUGGAUACAGCAGAAAAAAAGCCCUAAUUUGCUGUCGGUCAAGCUGCUGGACUACAGUAUGCAGCAAGUUGUAUCACUAUUGACAAAGGUGGCUUUGGGGUCUAAUAAACGUACAGUGUUGACUCAGCAGACUAUUGACAUAGUUCUUGAGCUGGUGGCAUUGGCGGCAAAUCGUCUCAUUUUAUUAAAGGAGGAAGGGGAUUGCAGUUUGGAUGCGGCUGCUUUACAAUCCCAUAUUUGGCAAAACGCAAGUAGCUUGAACAAGCUUUGGGAAUUUCAGCAGCAAUGGCUCAAUCCAGGAAACGUAAGGUGGCAGACCGAUUCGACUUGCAUUGCGGACGAAUGCCGACUCAUUGUUCUAUCGGAUUGGCGAGAAUUGUACACCAGCUACCAAUGCGCGCUUGAAUCUUGUCGAAUGGGGUCCUCACUGGAAAUGGAAGAGACAAAGCUCACCCAUGGUUGGUGCAAAGCAAUCGUUGGAUACAAAUUUUUACCAGAAGGGGAGCCGAUUGGAGGACUACAACAGGGAAUAUCUUCCCUGAUCAUUCUCUCUGACGCGGAACACAUUGUCGAAAGGUUAGAAAGAGCGACUGCCUUAGGGCGGCCAGGAGAUGCCUCAAGCUUUUUUGGUGAUAGCCGUGCGUUGUUUAGGGGAGUCCUUGUUUGGUUAGCAUCCAAGAAAAAUCGAAUCUUGAUCUUGUCCUCACAAUAUAGAAAACGAAUAGAAGAUAUGGCUAGAGAGUUCCUUGACCACAACAAAUACGUGGGAGCUCUCGCCGUUCAAGUAUUGAAAGUAUUGUGGAACGAAAACGGAGGUCUACCUUUGGAAAUUUCGAAUUGGAAAACUGCUGCUUCUCCAAAGAGUCCUCCAAAACUUUUUACAGAAAUGAUUGAAGCAUUGAGCCGGUGGUGUGCUGCGGGUCUAAGCUCAACCGCGCCAACAUUUCGAUCGCUCAGUCACAUCGUGGCUACCAGUUUUUCUCGUCUUGGAAGCAUGCAUCUACGAGAGUUUAUUUUGGAACAAGGUUACCAACAAUGGACUAUUGCUAUCCUUCAAUUUUGCAUCUCCAACAUCGGCAAGAUGCAAGAAGAUGAUCGACUUGUCCUUAGUGAAGAAGCUGCAAGGCUCUUGCUAGAAGGCUUCGAGGAAAGUAGGCUCGUUCAAGAUGCUAUCAGAGAAAAUGAAUAUAUUUUUCAAAGAUGCUCAACGGAAAUGAUUUCUCAGGGGCUCGUACAGCUACUUUCGAAGCGUGUUGACAAGGAAGAAAACCAGGUAUCGGUUGGAAUUGUUUUGAACGCUCUAAUGCAGCUUUUACGUCCGGAGCCUCAGACAGAUAAUGUUUUUUCAAGCACUCAAUCAUUGGUUACAGCCCUUUGCUGUGUCGAAGGCGAAAUAGACCUCUUGCGCCGGGACACCGUGAUAAGAAAGCUUUGUACUUUGAUCGGAAGAUGUUGGAGGCAACGGCUACUUUUUGGGACGGACAACGACGAUUUGACUUCUUAUGGCCUCGUUCUCCUUGAGAUAGGAGAAUCUAUGGUGAAGUGCCCCUCAAGUUUAGCAUGCCUUGCAUUAUUUGGAGAAUUGGUGGAAGGGCCAAGCGCACAAACAGAGGUUGGAGGUACUCAAAUCAAGCGCAUGUGUUUUGGUGUCAAGAGCGUUCUAGAGUUUUCGAUAUCCCGCCUUGCCCUGAUUUCAAGCAAAGUGUCGGAAUGCGCGGCUGACAUCGUCUUUCAUCGGCUUUUGCCAUUUCUUCUAUUGCGUACGGUUCCUCCUUCGCUUUUUAAAAUGCACAUCAGAGAAAAUGUUUCAGAGUUUAGGCGAAAAGGCGUCUUGAAUCUCUAUGUACUGCUGGCAGAUCAUGUAGCAAGUUGCCUUGGUGUUGACCCGUCUUCAGACGUAGACGAUGAUUACAACGUAAAUGAACGUCGCCUCGCGGCAGAAAUCGCUGGGCGCUUCAUGCCUUUCGGUGUCGACGCUAGCGACUUGUCGAUGUCAAUGAACCUUGAAGGUUUUUCUGUCUUUCAUCGGCUUUUCUUGCCUUCCUACUCAAGACUUCUAGAGAAUCUUCGAGACGGAGACGCCCAAGGGAGUUGGCCUCAAUCUAUAAGGUCUGCGAAAGCAGUUCUUUUCGUGGUCUGCCAGUAUUUUUUGCAUGCAGACUACUCCAAGUACGGAAAAGAACUUACGGUUGUAGCAUCGUCCGCAAUCGAAACUCUUCUGUUCCAUCCGAACUACCGAAGGGGAAGUUCUUUUGAUAUAGAGCACCUUCAGAGUGGUUGCAUAGAGUUUAUAUCUUAUUGCAUCGAAAGAGCAAGCGAAGAAGGCUUCGCUGACAAAUUUUGGGAAGUAGCUCUUUGUCGGACCGAUGUAUCGAAGGAAGUGCCCAUGUUCUACACCUCUUGGAAUGCUGCAGUUCGGCAUAUUGCUUCCGAAGUGUAUUCUAUUCUGGAAAACAAUGUCUUCGCUUCGAAACUGCUGUCAGGCACUGACCUCACGGGAACAAGACCAAGACCUGAUUCUAGAUUUGAUGCUAACCGUUUCGCCGAACGAUCUCUACGAGUUGCUCUUUGGGACGCUCUACUUCGAGUAGCAAAGCGCGCCCCGGAGAGGUCGUUGACCGAGUUUUCGAAGACAACUGGACCUUGGAUACUCAGGUGGGGAACCGAGAAAAUUCAUGGCAGAGGACACCCGCAAGAUCACAUGUGUGUCGCUGUGGCAUUUGAAACGCUCUUUCUUGUUUGCACCAGGUUACAGUCACUUGACAUGAUCCAUCUUCCAGGGAGAGAUACUUCCGAUGGUAUUCAAAUAGCGUGCAACUGGUGCUUUCGCACAUUACAAUAUCCUGAAGACAGAGACCAACCCGAGAUUCAAGAUAUGCAGGAAGCGGCCGUUAAGCUUUUGACUGCACUCAUUACGCUCGAUAAAACAAAUAGCGAAUCGUCGGUCCCAGGUCGGUCCACAUGUUCACUCAAGGCGUUCACAAGGACUCUCGCGGAAGGUUUGCUGUCGACCGUUUCCAAAACUAUAUGAAAUAUGGUUUUGGUGAUCUCCCUAAAAGAUCCACCACUCGUUCAGAUGCCUAAUCCUAGAGGAUAGCUACGGCGGUCAAAGUUGCACUAAAUUUUGAUUUGGCGUAGGACCUCGACAAUGACGUCAACUUCUUUGCUGAGAAAGAUCAAUACCUUCUCGAUUGACUCUAGUCCUUCCGAACCAAUGCUAUUGCCAUUUACUGCCAUAACAACAUCGCCAAUCUUCAUGCCGUCUAUCGAAUUAUUUUCGUGGCAUGCCGUCACAGACAGAAGACUAUUUCGGGUAAGCGGAAUUUGGGUAGCUUCGAAACCCAGAUACCAUCUAUGACGCAAAGAUGGGCGAUAUAAACGAGCGAAAAUAUUUUCAGUAAAUGCAUCAGGUUCCAGUUCUGAAGUCAGGGGACGAUCCAGCCUUCCCUUCGAUAGAGGUUCGGGUAGGGUUUUCUCGUCGACUUCGUUUUCCGAGUCGCUUGUGUCUCUUGCGCUGCUUGUAAUACUUUGUAGCUCCGGAGCCAGAGCAGUGCCAGGCAUGUCCAAGUGUCCUGGCGUGUCCUCGUUCUGUGGCGAUUCAAGCGAAAAUAGAGCGUGCUGAAACAAACCCCUAUGUCCGGCGUGCUCUGGGGCCUUUCUGUUGGAAGGCUGACUUGUACCAUCGCUUGAAAAGUCUCGGUGAUAUGGGCAGCGAAACUUAGGAUGGCUUUCCUUAAAUUUCCAGCCUGUUGAUUUUGCGCAAGGGAAGUGGU